CCUACAGGGAAGUUCUUUUAUUCUUUCUUCUCUUGGUGUGUUCAGUCAAAUCUUGCAUGUUGCUUAUUAAUUUUUUUUUUUGUUAUUAUUAUUUUUUUUCUUAUUUUUUUACAAAUCUGCAAAUGUAUGGAGUAAGUUACAUAUAUUUCAUCUUGUAACCAUCUAUUUUGGUUGCCAUCUUUACGUUUUUUUUUACGUCUCUCUUUUGAAACAUUUCUUGUGGCUAGAUCGGCCAAGGCCUUUCUCUGCUUCUGUGUGUAGACUGUUAACAAAUGGAUAAGGAAACAUCAUUUCAGCUCUCCAUCUUAAAAGUAACUUGUGUGAUGUGAAGUUACAGUCGAAGGAAAGGCUGUUGUUUUGGCAACUCAGUUAUUUUAUUCUUCAUAUUUUCUUACACUAAAACUUGAAAACAUGAGUUUUGAUAGCAUUCCUUCAAAGUCAGAGGUCAUGGGUUGGGAUUCGACCCACUUAGCGGACUUUUUGAGAAGGCAAAAUCUGUCUGGAUGCGACAAAGUCGUUCUGAAAAGUGGAAUGACUGGACAGAGAUUUCUGAAUAUGUCUGAUAAUGACCUUCAAAAGUUCCCCAGGCUUCAUGCCCCACUCAUCUCCAAGUUCUCCAGGGAAAUCAACAAAAAAGAGGAGAAGAGAGGAUUUUUUCAAUUCCAAAGAUCCUCUGCACCCAAGUACCAAGAAGCAGAUGUGCCUGCAGAGGAACAAGGAUGGGAUUCUGAAGAGUUUGAAAGCGACGAUGAUUACGAGAGUCCAAAUUCAAACGAUGAGGGAGAAGGCAGUGGUGGGGAUUAUGAAUCAGCAGCGGACGGCGGCGUGGACAGCGAUAAUGACUACGAGCCGCCCCCCAGUGAGCCGCCUGAAGACAUUCAACAUCACCAAAUCUGUGUUGCCAAGCACAGCAACAGCGAGUACAUUGACCGGUCUGCAGUCAAAACCCAGCCACCAGUGCCUCCAGCAAGACCAGGGCCUGGUCCUGGUCCUCCACUUCCUGCUAUGGGACGCCCAAGUAUUGUUUCAGGAUUCCAGCGGAAUGAUCAAUCUCCUCAAAGGACUCCAAAACCCCCUCCUCCUGAUCGCAGUAAAAAGCCCGGGAGUAUGGAAAGGACUAAUAAUAAAGUUGGAAAAGAGAGGGGUGCGAUGCCACAGAGGAAUGCUGGAAUGGAUAAACUAUUGGAGCCUCCUCGAAUGCCCAAACCCCCACUACCUACAGCGGGAGGUGUGCGGAGGAGUGCAUCCUCUGUUACUCCAGGACACGCUUAUAACAGACAAUCACCUGAUCCCAGAGCUGAGUUCUUAGAUGAUGGUGCCAGGUCCAGCUUCACCUUUCCUCACGCCAAGCAUGCCAGGAAUCCAUCACCAAGACCACAACCACACGGACCUGGAGGUCCACCUGAUGGGAUUAAUCAAACUGCCUCUCUACCUUCAAGACUGCAGGAUCCAAUGAGAGGGGGAAGCGCGAGAAUUCCUCCACAGCAGCCAAUGAGGCCUUCUGACAUGGAUGCAACAGAAGAUAUGGACACUGCAUGGUAUGUGGGGCGUGUUACACGUGGUCAGGCAGAAGGCAAUCUGAGACGGGUAAACAGGGAUGGAGCAUUCUUGGUGCGUGACAGCUCAAAAGGCUCCACCACCCAACCUUAUACACUCAUGGUACUUUACCAGGACAAAGUCUUUAACAUUCAGAUUCGCAAAGCCCAGGACGGCUACCUGCUUGGUACUGGCCUUAAAUCUAACGAGGUCUUUCGAAGCGUCGGGGAGAUCAUCAGACAACACACGCAGAUGGCCCUGCUGCUGAUCGAUGCGAAAAACCGUGGAACCGGUCAACAAAACCAGUGCACUCUCCUUCACCCUGCUGGAUUUUGACCAUCGAAAGCACAACCUAGUGUAGCAGGCAGCUACAGCACACCUGAUGAGAGCAAAAACAUCUCUAUGAACAAAUAAAAAUUCCCUGACGGAGCAAGGAUGAUUCUUCUAGAUUUGUGCGGUUUUGGCGUGGAGUCACAACAAUAUGCUGGAUGCUACUGAAUAAGUAUAUUUACAGUGAAGUGUGUGUGUGUGUGUGUGUGUGUGUGUGUGUGUGUGUGUGUGUGUGUAACAGCCUGAUGAAAGAAAUUUGAGAUACUGUAUAUACUGCCAGAGGACCAUCAGAACAUGCAAGAUGCAAGUGUUUGAGUGUAUCUUACCCCCAGAUUUUAAUUUUCUCACAUAUUUAUGUAUUUGCGAUUUGCAUUUUUCUGUCAUUCAAACUAAAAUGCUUAGAUGGCUUUCUUUUAUAAUGCUUGAAUAAACUUCUCUGCAACUAC